AUAAAAACAAACACAUAAAUUCUUGUGAAAAAUCUUUGUUGUUUUAUGUAUACACAUGUAUGUAUCUAUAUAUCUCUGAUACCUAACCUGGGUUUUCUUGCAGAGACAAACGGUUUCCAUCUUCUCAAAGACCAGGUAACAAUAACAUAGAUUGAUUAAAAAGAUUGAACUUGCUUACAAUGUGAAGAGUUAUUGGUGUUUGUGAUUAUCAAUUUCUGGAAAGAAGAAAAUUUAAGGCGAAUUUAAUGGAUCAUAGUGCCGCAGAAGACAGAGAUCUUGAAAGCGGUGGAACAGGUAGUGAAGAUGAGAUACAUAGCAACAUUUUUUCGGGAAACAAGCGAGCGAAGCGUAUGCUUGGUAGACUUAGAAGUGGCAUUCUUGGCUAUGAUAGACAUGCUAAUAGUGAAUGUAGUUCGAGCACAUAUAGUAAGUUAGAUACAUUUUGUGAGGACUCCUAUGACAAUAUAGAUUUGGUAGUAGACAAAGAUCUAGAACACAGCAUAGAGCAGCUGCCUCUUUUGGAGAAGAAGCACAUGAAUGGGAAAAGAAAAAAUUCAAUCAGAAAGUCAUCUAAACCCCCUCGACCUCCUAAAGGCCCAACACUAAAUGUCUCUGACUUGAAGUUGGUUAUGGAAUUUUCGGAGCUUGCCAUGAAGAAACGUGCAAGGAUGAAACGCAUCAAAGCACUUAGAAAAAUGAAAGCUGAGAUAGCAUCUUCAUCUUCUUCAUCAGCGUUCUCUUCAUCAUCAUUUAGUGGGAGCCUAGCAGCCAUGGUUGUCACGCUUCUCUUUUUUGUUGUGAUACUCUUUCAAGGCAUAUUAGCUAGGCACGGGUCUAGUGCAAGCUUACCGGGGUCUCCGGAGUCAACUACAGUGGCACGUGGAUUAAUAUCAGUUAGUUUUCUUAAUAGUGCAUCAGUAAGGGAAGGCAUCGCGAAGAGUUCUGUCGUCCACAAUCUACUUUAUGUGCUUCAUCUGAAGGAAAAUUCUGAAAGAUGUUACAAAUUUGGAAUCCAGGCCACAGGAUAAAGCUGGUGGAGCUAGUUCUGGAUAGUGUGUGCAGUAAAAAAAGGGCAGCGUGAGACACCAACCCUGUUAACUGCUUAGCUCGACUUUGCGAGUUUACUGUAGAAUCUUUUUUUGACAGUAUUCUGUAUGUAUAUAUUACAUUUAUAAACCCCACUGACGGUUUGAGGAAAUAGAUUGUAAACUAGUCCCUGUACAAUUAGUUGAAUUUUAUGUUAAUCAAUUCUUGGGUUCUUCCCCAA